AAGUGUAGCGCAAAGGAGGGAGAAGACGUAGAGAGAGUUGGGAGGAGAGGCUGCUGCGCUGCUCCACAGUGACAAGCAAGAGAAGAGAUCGAGUAAGAAGAAGAGAAGAUUUAUAGUGUUGGGGUUUUUGUUGCGUUCUUGCUUCACGCAAGCUGCUAAACGUUGAGAGAGAGAGAGAGAGGUUUGGGAUAGGCUUCGCUGCUUGGCGUGGCUUUAAAGAUAAUAACAAUACAGGAGGAACCAAAAAGCAAACAAGCAUCAAACAGUAACUCCAACAAGACCCUUUGCCAAUAAGACAAACUCCUCGUUCUCCGUCACACCAUUUUAACACCCUCUCUUCUCUUUCUAUAAAUCUUAUUUCCUCGCUUUCUUUCCUUCUAGCCAUUCUAGAUCGUCUCUCUAAGAAAGCAAUCGAUCCUUCUCGUGUCGGGAUCAACCUAAAUAUACAACAGGAAGCAGCGAAAAGGAGAAGGGGAUCAGGUGAUAUGAGCGGCAGUAUCGGUCCUAAUGGGGGAGGAGGAGGAGGAGGAGGUGGUGGCGGUAGUGGAGGUGGAGGAGGCGGGGGACCCUGCGGAGCGUGUAAAUUUCUGAGGAGGAAGUGCGUGACAGGGUGCAUAUUUGCGCCCUACUUCAAUUCCGAGCAAGGGGCAGCGCACUUCGCGGCGGUGCACAAGGUGUUCGGGGCUAGCAACGCGUCGAAGCUUCUCCUCCACAUCCCCGCCCAUAAGCGCCUCGACGCCGUCGUUACCAUCUGCUACGAGGCUCAGGCACGCCUCCGCGACCCCGUCUACGGCUGCGUCGCUCACAUCUUCGCCCUCCAGCAACAGGUAGUCAACCUACAUGCAGAGCUGUCCUGCUUACAAGCGCAUCUGGCCACUUUGGAGCUGCCAACCCCUCCUCCGUCACUCGCUUCACCGAUCCCCUUCUCGAUGUCAGACCUCUCGUCAUCCUCCACCCUCCCUUCUACCGCCGAUCUCUCCACGCUGUUCGACCCUCCGCUGCUGCCGUCAUGGCCUCUUCAGCAGCAGCAGCGGUCGACGUUGUUCAUGCAGCAGCGUAGCACCAGCACAAGAAGCCCGUCCGAGAGCUCUGGAUGUGGCGGCGGCGAUCUCCAGGAAUUGGCGAGGGAGCUCCUCGGUCGACACUGUUUAGGUGAUGUGACUGCUGAACCCGGGGUUCAAGAAUCCAAAUCAAUUUGAUUAUCUGAACCUUGUGAGAAGGUUGGUGUAGGCCUCCGCUUCUAUUUCAUUGUCGAACAUCUUUCUUCCGAUAUCAAUUACUCAACAAAGAUCAAAGUCGCUGUCA